CACGUAGCAGCAGAAGUGAUUCUUAGGCUUUUUCUGCUAAGUUUGAGUAUUAUCUUAGUUUUCUCUCUCCCCCAAAGUUAGUUAUACUGAGCCAUACAUAGAUACCAUGGCAAGUUGUAGUUUGAUCACCCCUACUUCAAAGCUGAAACUCCUUUCAAUCAAGUCCAAGCUCAUCCCAACCACCACCUCGGCUGCCCCGUCAACAUCUGCCCCUGCUGCUGCGAGUGCGUUUACCAGGCGACAGGUGAGCGUAACAGCUCUGACUGCUGCCAUUCUCUCCCCUCUUCUGUCAAGCGCUGCUCAUGCUGCCGCAGAUGAUGAAUACGUGAAGGAAACAAAGGAGGUGAUAAGCAAGGUUAGGAGUACACUGAAUAAGAACAAAAGUGACCCAGAUGUGGCUGAUGCUGUAACAGAGCUUAGAGCUACUUCAAACUUCUGGGUUGCUAAGUAUAGGAAAGAGAAAAAUCUUCUUGGGAGGCCAUCUUUCCGGGAUAUGUAUUCUGCCCUCAAUGCUGUAUCCGGCCAUUACAUCAGUUUUGGCCCUACUUCUCCAAUCCCUGCCAAGAGAAGAGCUAGGAUCUUGGAGGAGAUGGACAGUGUGGAGAAGGCUCUUCUUAGGGGAAAAUGAGUUUUUUUUUAAAAAAAAAAUUUAACCCACCUCUCUUUUGUCCUUUAUUUUGUAUUCAUAAGUAUUACCAUAUUCUAUGUACCGGGGAUCUACAUUACAUUUCUAAGUUAAGAUGAGAUAAGAAUUGUUAAUAUGGUUCUUGAA